UUAAAGUCCUGUAUUAGGAAAUGAAAACCAAACAAUUCUUAGGAUUAAUGUGACUUUCAUAUUCAAAACUGCCAUUCCUCCAGCCUCAUAUCCAUUUUUCCCAGAUUACAUGAUGUCAUGUGUCCCAGCAAGUAAUUAGCUGGACAUCAAAUGAGCCGUAAUGGAUCUGACAAGGUUUCUUUUAUCCUCACACUCCUCCAGCAGCAGAAGCUUAGGGAAGAAGUAGAAGACCAGGAUAAGCAUCAGUUUAUGUUUCUAGCAGCAGUUUGAGGAGCCUGCCAGCACCCUCCUUUCAUUGGACAGCAUUGCUUGCUCCAGCAAAAACUGCCAACCAACCAAAGCCCAUCCUUUCAAACCCCAUCCAUGCUCAGUGCGAGAGGCUUCCUUGCUGCCUGUCAAAGCAGAGCCUUUGCUGCUGUAAAACAGAGCUUCAGCUCUCUUGGCAGGAUUAAGGGCCAUGCUAUCCAAAACCUUGCCUCAACCACUGCUGCUUCUCUUAAAAGGCUUGUUCUGCUUAUCAGAAUCCCGUGGUCAGCAUCUGUCAUGUUUGGCAAGCUGAGUGGUAGCUCAGGAAUGCUGAAGACGUUAUCGACAAUCAAAUGGCAAAAGCAGUAAGCAGGAAGGUGUGGUGCCAUCAAGUUCUGUCUGAUGUCUUGCAGAUGAACAUCCUCACAGAGGCACCAGCACAGCCCGUCGCAGUCCAGAGGACGCUGGCAUCAUGUUAGAGGUCUCCUGAGCACUGGGGCCCUGGGCCGAGGCACUGUUGGUGCCCAUGCUCCCACCUGCCCGCACGUAAAAACUCACCCGUUCUGUUCGCUCUCAGCCCUGACGGAUUUCAGGAGCCUCGGCGAUGCCCAAGGGCAUUUGUGCUGCCUCCCAGUGCGGGUGCAGCCCGAGGGGGCUCUGCCCCACGCCGUGGCACUCACGGGUGUCCGCGGGGGGACAAGGGACCAUCCCGCCGGCACUGGGGACUGCCCCUCCGGCACUGGGGACUGCCCCGCCCGGGGAGAUGCUGCAGGCGGGACGGGGGGAGGCAAGAGCUACAGGGUCCCGCGGGGAAACGGGGAAUGGGGCUGGUCAGAACGGGGAGUGGGGCUGGCACAGAAGGACAUGGAGCGGGAGCGGGCUGGCCGCGCCUGGUUUGGCAGCGCUGCGGAGGGCUUUGCUCUGCAGUGCCUGGGAGUGAUGGAGCAGAGCCGGGCUUGCCGUGACAGCGCUGCUCCUCUCUGCCAGAUGCUCUGGGGAAGGCUGGAUAUUCAGGCCAACGGGACGAUCCGGCUGCGGGAUGAAGAGCUGGCCUCCCUGCGCCCCGCACGGCGGAUCCUGCGGGUUUUUGAGCAGGAAGUUCCCAAAACACCGGCAGAGAUUGAGCAGCAUCUGAGAUAUUAUUCACUGAGCGACACUCCCCUGUCCCCGGCAGAAUUCGACCGUCUACUUUUCACCAGUGUUUACAGUGCCUAUCAGGUUCGCUCCGUGCAGGGUGUGGAUAAAAACCCCUGGAUUGGCUUUUUCUCUCAGCUGGUCGAUGAAAUCUUUCGUGACCUGUGCAAGGGGCUCUGCCCUGCAAAUACCACUCUCCUCCAGGCUGCCUGGCCUUGGAAGGAGAAGCCUUCACAUUUAGCAUCCCUGAAGUAUUUCUAUCGCUCUAACCUGGCCAGGACCAAGAGAGACACCUAAUGAGGGGUUCCACCACAGGAAAGAGCACACCUGGCUUCAGCUGCUUCCUUGGCUUUUUUCAAUGCCUUCCACAGUGUGCAGGACUUUGUGUAAAUACGCCACACCUUUUUGUCCUGCUUUCUGCACUGUGCUGGCAACCCUCUCAGGAUUUAUGCACAAGCUUUUAUUUUUAAAUGAGAAAAGGACAAAACUGUAAAGUGCAUUUCUCCUUUUCCCUAUUCUUUUGCUAAGCAGGCUGUGCUGAAGGGGGCAGUGCUAUUUAGAUGUCUUCUUUAUCUUGAUCACUGAUGCUUAGGAGAGAUGGCUUGGAAGUAUUUUUCCAGGAUAUUAUGCUGGUGUCAUAGCUGACUUCAUUUCAGAUAAUUCAGUUCACUUUCCUUAUAUUCUCCCUGUGGUUUCAGACAAAUACAAGACCUUUUCUUUUCUCCAGUAGCAGCUAAGCAGGUUUUGUUGUGUUUUCAUUAUAUAGGUCACAUAUUUAAUUUCAUUUUCAUCCUCAUGUGGCAUCACAUUUUAUGCGUCAACAGCAAUUUCCCAUCUCAGGUAUUCACUUUUUAAAAAAAGCAACAUGAAAAUGUAUGUAUUCCAUGAAGCUUUCCAGUAUUUGCAUAUCAUAUUUACACAUACACACAGCUUUGUUUCAGUUAUCGUUUUGGAUUAUACUUCCUGAAACUCAUUUAAAUUCUGAAGGAUCCUGACCUAGUUAUUUCUUCAGCAAAUUUUGCCUCUCUUCUAUAGUUUUUUUUCCCCUACAGCCAUGGCAUUCUACAAACCAAACAUAAUAAAUAGAUAGUCUUAUUCUCAAAAUCAGAAAUAUUUUAUAGAAAGACAUCAUUAACAGUUGUCUGUCAUAAACACUGCGGUGUGGAAUUAAAUAAAUGUAAUUAUCUCCUCAGGAGGGUUUUGAUUUUGGUUCUUGUUGUUUCUACCAGAUUUCCUGCUGCCACUAUAGGUACAUCAAUUUUGAACAUUCAUUGCAUGUGCUUAGACGAUGGGAUCCAUAAUUCCCUUUCAUCAAUAUAAUUUUUCCAUGUUCAACAAAAGAGGCAUGUGUGACCUUCAAAGUGGGAACUGCUAGCUUCUGACCUAGUUAAUCUUAUUCCAAGCUAUUGUAGCCCAACAGAUGGAGAGGAGAAAUGGCAAGGCAGGAACAAGACACCUGGAAGCAAGAUGCCACAGACAAUGGUUUUAGAGGUCAGCUUAGGGUUAUGCCAGGAGAUAGAUUUAAAGCAGGUUGUUUCUUGCUGGAUUUUUGUUUUGUGUGUUUGUUUCAUCUUGGUUUGUGCUUUGGGG